AAUGGGUUCCGUCAACGUAAAUCUUUUGAAGUUUCCUUGAGUGAUAUGGGAUCAAUACCAAAUGAUUGGAUUUGCCGUGUAUUUAUGUUAAGGACUGACAUGGAAAGUACCGCAGCGAUGCAUGUUAUUUACAAUAACAAUUAUUUCGGGAAAGUUGAACUUGGAAAACAUACCGGAGAAGACAUUUACAGCUAUCAGAACAACAACGGUGCUAGAAAAAAUGAAAAGUUGGUUUCAGACGUCAAGGAGGGGGACAUCUUUUCAAUCGCUUUGCGAGUAAAUAGAUUGAGAGAUCUCGUGGGAGGUGCCAACGACGUGUGGGGUCCAUGGAUUGGUCAGGGUGGCAAAAUCAACCCAAAGGAUUAUGCAUUCAAAAUUUGGCAAAGCAAUCACAUACUGCUCUCUCUGCAUGUGAGUCAAGAAGACCUUGAAGUGCACCCUAACGACGUAUUAUAUCCGAGUCCUGCUCGCGCAAGCCAUUACUCGUUCGGUCCCAGCCUGCCGCUGCACGAGUACAACUCCUACGCCAACAUUGCUUGCGUUGGUGUACACUACUGUCGGGGCGUGUUCAUCAAAGUGUCCGAAGACUACUGGCUUCUGACGGCGUUGCCGCAGCUCGUCAAGCGUUUUUAA